CGGAACGGCCUCUGGUGACAUUUUCUCCGGGCGGCGCGGACGAGUGAAGGGACUUGGUGGUGGAGGCUGUGGAGGUGGCGAGAUUCGCCUUAGCCCCGGCGGGGCUUUGACUGCGACCCUCUGCUCGCCGCCGGGGCUUGUGCUGAGGAGGAGAAGGCGGCGGUGGACGUCGCGUCCCGAGUCACCGCGGCCGGGGGAGUCCCGGCCGGGGGGUCGGUGCGUGCCCCGACGGGGCGCGCGGAGCGGGCGAGGAGGUGCAGAGCUGCCGCGGAGCGCAGGUUGCUUUCCUGUUGCAUCUUUGACCUAGUUUCCUAGACUCUGCUCCAUGAUUGAACUUGAAAGUCUGAAAUGAAGAUGGAGGAGGCAGUGGGAAAAGUCGAAGAACUCAUUGAGUCUGAAGUCCCACCGAAACCAUCUGAACAAGAGACAGCUAAGGAGGAAGAUGGAUCUGUAGAACUGGAAUCUCAAGUUCAGAAAGAUGGGGUAGUGGAUUCUACAGUUCUUUCUUCAAUGCCCUGCUUGUUGAUGGAACUGAGAAGGGACUCUUCUGAGUCUCAGUUAGCAUCCACAGAGAGUGACAAGCCAACAACUGGCCGAGUUUAUGAGAGUGACUCCUCUAAUCACUGCAUGCUUUCCCCUUCCUCUAGUGGUCACCUGGCUGAUUCAGAUACCUUGUCUUCUGCAGAAGAGAAUGAGCCCUCCCAGGCAGAAACAGCAGUGGAAGGAGACCCUUCUGGAGUGUCUGGUGCCACUGUUGGGCGCAAAUCUCGGCGGUCCCGAUCUGAAAGUGAAACAUCUACUAUGGCUGCCAAGAAAAACCGGCAAUCCAGUGAUAAACAGAAUGGCCGAGUCGCCAAGGUUAAAGGUCAUCGGAGCCAAAAGCACAAGGAGAGAAUCAGGCUACUGAGACAGAAAAGGGAAGCUGCUGCGCGGAAGAAAUAUAACCUAUUGCAGGACAGUAGUACCAGUGAUAGUGACCUGACUUGUGACUCAAGCACGAGCUCAUCAGAUGAUGAUGAAGAGGUUUCAGGGAGCAGCAAGACAAUCACUGCAGAGAUACCAGAUGGACCUCCAGUUGUAGCUCAUUAUGAUAUGUCUGACACCAGCUCUGACCCAGAAGUGGUAAAUGUGGACAAUUUAUUGGCGGCUGCGGUAGUUCAAGAGCACAGUAAUUCUGUAGGAGGCCAGGACACAGGAGCUACCUGGAGGACCAGCGGGCUUCUAGAGGAGCUGAAUGCGGAGGCAGGUCAUUUGGAUCCAGGAUUCCUAGCAAGUGACAAGACUUCGGCUGGCAAUGUACCACUCAAUGAAGAAAUUAAUAUUGCCUCUUCAGAUAGUGAAGUGGAGAUUGUGGGAGUUCAGGAACAUGCAAGGUGUGUUCAUCCUCGAGGAGGUGUGAUUCAGAGUGUUUCUUCGUGGAAGCAUGGCUCGGGCACGCAGUAUGUCAGCACCAGGCAAACACAGUCAUGGACUGCUGUGACUCCCCAGCAGACUUGGGCUUCACCUGCGGAGGUUGUUGAUCUUACCUUGGAUGAGGAUAGCAGACGUAAAUACCUACUGUAAUACAAUGUCACUGUGUCUCCUCUGCACUGUUCCCUUCCUUUUCCUCCUCUUUGUGACAUGGAAGUUCAUUGUCAUAGCUUCAGCCUCAGAAGCUGUUUGUGGCAUUUGUAUAAUCCAAACUCAUGGAAAAUUGCCCCCCCUUCCUUUUUUUUUUUUUUUUUAAUUAAAAGAAGUCACUUAGGAAAAUAACUUAGCACAGAGAAAAGAAUUUCUUCUUUCCCUCAGUAGGAAUAGGAGAAUGAUGAAUUUUAUUAGACAACUUAGACAACUUCAUUUUACUUGGUGACUUUCAAUCUUAGGAAACUCUGCCUUCCUUUUAGAAUAAUAUUUUAACUACCAGGUGAAAUGGAUUUCAGUUUUUGAAUCUUGUAUUUAUUUUUCUGUGUAAUAAAAUUAAUAUCUAGCCUUGACCACUGUCAGCCCACCCAUUGGCACUCCUACCUUAGGGCAUUUGCACACAUUUAGUCAGGUCCUUAUUGGCACCUAGUAGGGCAUGUGCAUUUGAAAACCUGUCCUUAAAAAUAGAAGACAGAAGUAUUACUUUUCUUUUAGCUUGAGUCUUCUGCCUUCUUUCCUGACUUUGCUCCUGGCUGAUUUCCCACAGCACAAAUAAUUGAUAUGCCCCUUUGUGUUUAUAAAUACUGCUAAGGUGACUUAGUUGGUCUCCUUGUUGCAAUAAUUCAUAAUUUUUUGGAAAAUGUCUCCUUUUGGGGCAGAGGCAUUUCAGUUAGAUACCCAUGAGGUUUUCUGGGCAUGUAAGGAGAGCAUUGAGAGAUCAGUAAGAAAAUCUUUGUCCCUCAGCUUUUUUUUUCCUGGUUUGUUUACAUAACAGGAGAACACAGAAACCUAUUACUUAAGUAGAAUAUGAAAAGUUGUCUUCGUCUCUAAGACUGUGGGCACUUACAAGUCUGAGAAGGCAGUGCCUUCUUUCAUAGCUGGUCUCUCUGUAAAGGAUGUACAACAACUGUUUUAAGUAACGCUUGAGCUGAAAUAGACCUGAUGCUAUAUUUGGGUAUCUUUCUCCUCUACCAUCUAAAAGUGGAAAAAUCAAAAUGAACCAUAAGAAACCAGAUGCAAAGCACAUAAAUGACACUGUAGGUUUUACAGUAUCUAAAUAAGCAAAGGGUGGUUAGGAGCUUCAGGGAAUUCAGGAAAUGCCAGUGUUGGAGUUUUGUGGCAUUAGUUACUACCUUUUUUCCUAUAACAUGUUGUAGUUACUAGUGAAUUCUUUUACAAGCAAUACCUAGUUAGAACACUAUGUACUGUGCACGGGGAGGAGUGAAGUACUAUUGGCUUAGAAGACCUCAUCUUUUUGUUUUUCCGUGGUUUUUGUUUGCUUUUUGUUGUUGUUGUUUCCAUAUUUACCAUAUAACAUUGCUGUAGCCCUUGCCUCCCUCCCCAAAUGCCUUGGUGGCUCUUCCUUAUCUUAAGAGCAUGAGAAAUACCAUUUUCAGUUGUCAUUUAGUGGACAUACUAAAUGUACCAAGCGCCUGUUCUGCACAUGGUACUGUGCAGGGUAGGUGUGGCAUGGCCACCGAGACAAAUGGGACACCCUUGCGAGUGCAUGCGUCAGAGUCUGCCUGGCUCCACCUGCCUGGCCUUUUCUCCAGUUUUUCUAUUUUUUUUCAAUGUUUUUAUUUAUUUUUGGGACAGAGAGAGACAGAGCAUGAAUGGGGGAGGGGCAGAGAGAGAGGGAGACACAGCAUCGGAAACAGGCUCCAGGCUCUGAGCCAUCAGCCCAGAGCCUGACGCGGGGCUCGAACUCACAGACCGCAAGAUCGUGACCUGGCUGAAGUCGGCCGCUUAACCGACUGCGCCACCCAGGCGCCCCUCUCCAGUUUUUCUAUAAAGACUCAUUUAUCCCUUUACCCUUCUUCCUGCUGCUUUAGUUAUUCCAUAUACCUCUUCCAUGGGAGUGGGUAUGAGCAUGUGUUCUUUGGUCUUCUCUGGUAGCAUCUCAUUUGAUCUGGCCUCUGUUCUUCAUCAACUAGUAUUUUUCUGCCAAUCUAGUUUUAAUCAGGCUUUUAAAAGAUCAUGAACCUCAAGUUUUAGCACCUCAUAUAUCAGAUCUCUCACAUGGCCACAGUUCUAGACAAAAACCAAAGAUCCAGAGGCCAGAGCUAAAUAGGACCUUCUGCAGAUUCACUACUGGUGUAUCCUUGGACCUUCACAUUUUACUUUAGGAUUAAUUUAUUGAAUUUUACUGUUACACAUUGUUUUUGACUUGAAUUAAAAUGCUAGACAAAGCAGAAAUGUACAAUUUCUGGUCUGUGUUUUCCAGGAAAAUCAUUGGGACAAGAAUAGAGUGGAUUAUAUGACUUGAAGUUUUUGCAGCUUAUUUUUUCCCCAGUAUCAGGGCAGAGCCCCAUUUUAAAGAAUGUUUUCGCAUUACCUAUUCUUAUGUUAAUAGUGUGUUUUGUUUGAUUCCACACAGCAGGUGAUUUCCCAUGACACACUUUCUUUAGCCCCCAGUAGUCAUCUUCUAAAGAGAAUUCUUCUGGUGUGCUAUAUGCACAGUGGAUUGGGAGCAGAGCGCUGUGGCCUUGUGUUUUUACACCAGGUUGCACUUUUCCCACACCUGCCCCUGUUUCAGCAUCCUGACUACCCGACUGGUUGCCAGAACAGCGAUUUAGAAGUUAACAUGCAAAAAGGGGAGAGGGAGGGAUGGUAGAAACACUCAGCUUUUUUCCCCCUACAGGGUUGGGAUUUUUCCACCUACUAACUGUAGAGAGACUGUUUGAGCUCUUCUUUCAUUGCCAGAUCCAGAAGAGUGAGGGUGUGGCUUCUGGCAAGGUGUUUUACUGAUAGAAUUCUGUGGGAAACAAGUCCAAUGACAUUUGAAAUUUCUUUUAAAGGAAUUGUUUUUUAACUAAAGUGUUGGCAUUUGGUAGCAUCAGUACUUCUUUAUGCUCCACAGAACAUUAUUCAAAGUAGUGUCUCUGCUCAAGUGGUGCACUUGGGUCACGGCUUGGAUUGUGGCACCAAUUUAGUUAAGCUCCUCCCUCCCCUCCCCUCCAGUGUGAAACCACAGAGCAGUAACUAGCUCUCAGAUCAUCCUGGCUGCCCUAGAGCGUAUACAUCUACUCACCAGUAGUUGUCUUUCCAUUCUGAUGGAAGGGGCCAGACUGAGUGGACUCCAGGAUUUAUUACAGUUGAGCAUUGCAUAAAUUCUGCUUUUAUUAUCAUCAGUUGUGAAUAUGAACUGUCUGAUUUUCUAACUUAGUCCAUUGUUCACUGUUCCUUUUAGCAGAAUAGCACCACCAUAGGUAACUUCAAAAUGAAUUUGUUGCCUGCUUUUUAUACUGUGUCACAAAGUUUUUGAAAGAGCUGGGGACACAAUGUUGUCUUUUAGUUUAAACUUUUUUUUAAAAUGCAACGAGCCCCCUAAUCUCUGUUUUCCAGUAUGUGUAUGAUGUGACUUCCAUGUAUAUAUAAAAAUGAUUGCGCCCUAACCAAACUUCCUCAGAUUGUGCACUGUUUGUUUAAAAUAAUCACGUAUUUUAGUCCAUUGCUGUUGUAUUUUUCAUUUUAUUUAAAACACUACAUACUUCUUAUUCUUUUAACAAAUUUUAAAGGGUAGUGAUCUUAAAAGAGAAAUCACUGGAUAACUAGGAAAUAUUUUUGUUGUUGUUUUGUUUUGUUUUGUUUUUUAAAGAGUACAAAGGUCAUAUGAAGCCUUUUGCUCCUCUUACCAUGAAAAUGAAAUGUUAGCCAUUGUAUGGCUAGGAACCAAUGCACUUGGUGGUUAACAGAUCUGCUGUUGCUGGAGUGUGAGUGUGGACUUGAUGCAGUGACGACAAAUCAUUGCUUAGAAUUAAUGUUUUAAAAUGUGCAACUCUAGUUUUUAAAACAAAAUUUGGUUCUUCUUUACAUUCAUUAUUUAGUUUUUGUUUCCAUUUAGUAUUUAAUGGUCUUUGGAGAAAAAAUAAUAAUAAAACAGAGUGUUAUAUAUAUAUUUUUUGGUGCAAGAUAAGAUUUUCUGUUUUUUGAAAUAAGUCUGUAGCAUAAAGGUUAAACUAUUUUAAGACAAAAUAAAAUAGAGUGUAUUUAAACAA